AUGCACACCAGCUGAAUUUGAUCAUGCAGCAAGCCACUUCUCAGGUCCCAGCAGUGAGGGUUUUUUUCUCGGAUCUGAAUGGCAUUUCUAGCUUUUUUAGUCGGUCACCCAAACGCACCACCAUCCUCGACCAGGUUGUUGCACGGAGGCUGCCAAGAGCAUCGGCCACAAGAUGGAACUUCAACAGCAGGGUCGUGAACACAGUCUAUGAGAACCUAGAUGACCUCAUAGAGUGUUUUGAAGCCAUCAGCACAGACGGCUCAUUUGACUGCACCACAGUGAGGGAGGCAUCUGGCUACCUGAGGAUGCUGCAGGACGAUGACUUCAAGUUUUUCCUGCAUCUAUUUCAUCAAAUCAUGCCUCACGUUGACAUUAUGUACCAACAGCUGCAGAAGAAGGACAUUGAUGCAGUCUUCAUCAAACGUGCUCUGCAGAGCUUCACAAGCAGUGUUCAAGCCAUACGGGACCAGAGCUCAUCUCCAGAGCAGCAGCAAGUAGCAGCAGGAACUACAGGAAAAAGGAGGGCCUUGGGAGAGCAAGACAAGCAGAGGCUGUCUAAGGAGGUCUGUGACACCAUCUUGGGCCAUGCAAACGAGAGGUUCUCUUUCACAAGCCACCUUGUGAGUGCAACGCUGCUACAAGGAGACCUGUUUGAGCAGUACUGCCAUGUGUUCCCUGAUGAGGCUCUGAACACCACUGCCAAGGCAUACCCCAUGCUGAAUAAGGCGAAGCUCAAGACUGAACUGUCCCUUAUCUACGAGAGUCCAGAUUUCAAGGGCUGCAGUGGUGCAUUGGCACUCUACCAGGUUCUACAGAGGAACAACCUCCACGAGACCCUAUCUGAGACUGUGGCUCUGUUGAACAUCCUCAUAACCACUCCCAUGACAACUGCUGAAGCUGAGAGGUGUUUCUCGACCUUAAAGAGAAUCAAGACAUUCCUGCGAAACUCAAUGGGACAGGAUCGUCUCAAUGCUCUGGCCAUGCUUUCCAUGGAGAGGGAACUAGUCAGGAACAUGCCUGAUUUUAAUGAGAGGGUCAUUGAUCACUUUGCUGCUUUGAAAGAGAGACGAGCAAAAUUUCAAUACAAGUGAGAAAUGUUGUUUUAAUGUUGUUGUGUUGUUGCACUACUCAAAUGUUGAAUUGGAAAUAGCUGUAUUAAUUGCAUAUCAUUAGCCAAUUUUUUUGUUUGCUUUGUAAU